ACGUCCUCAAUCUCUUGCAGACAACCAAGACAACUUCUGAUAACUUAGAGUUCAUCCCCUAUACUAUUUCCCACCCAACAUUACUUCCUAAGAAUAACACUAUCAUCAUGUCGGCUACAAUCGCCUUGCAAGACGUGGACACAUCCUUGAACAAGGAAACUUCAACAGUCCGCCAGCGCAACAUCUGCAAAAUCGACUCAUCACAGGAAGACGACCCUUGGCUCAACGAACCCCAUGACAACGAUACCUCCAACAUACCCCUCGAUUCGACUUCCUUCGCACCAACAUCAGUAUACUGGAUCACCCCACACGGCAUGCUCACCAAGUCCAUCACCAUCCUCGACCUUACCGCCGACAUGCACGUCCCCUACACCGGCUUAACCGAUACAUACAAAGCUGCCAUCAAGACAACGCUAAAAGACCACUCUUUCACACCAGUCAUAACCUGUCACCGACAGAAUUGGAUUGGCUUGAAGUACGAUAUCCGAGAUGACCAGAACAAAAUUAUUGCGCACUGGUCGCACCCCUGGCUAUCAGCAGGCGAGGCAAUCCUCACUUUCCCCGAUGAGUCUACACACUCCUCGCACCCUAUCAGUCUGGUGAAUAAGACGUGGGGUCUGCGCACCGAGUCAUUCACUUUCAAUUCCCAACUCUUCAUCUGGAAGAUGGACAGUGUGUGGCACUCUUACAACAUGACACUCUACAAAGUUCUAGGUUCAGGCGAGCAUGAAAAAAAAGUCGAAGUCGGCAAGUACAGUCAGAAGUGGUGGGGGAGCUGCGCCACCGGUGGGGCGUUUGUUCUUGAUGGAAGGGAGAUAGAUGGCGUGGUGGCGUGUCUGACACUUGUUAUCGUGCUGAAGAAGAAGAGGCAGAGGACUGCUGAGAGGUACGGGAAUGGUGCGUACUAGCGAACAAGAUUCAAUUGGAUGAUAGGAAGCGGGUGUGGCUGGAGCACUUCAGACACGGAAGAAGUAGGCGUGUCGUAGAGAUUGAGAAUUUCAAACAUAGUCAAAGUAGACAGGUGGUUUCCAUAACGAUCAUUCAUUUGUGAUCAGAGCAAUUUCAACAAG